AUGAGCGAAGAUUGGAAAAAAUUUGUAAAAUUAGAAGAAAAUAUUUUAAAGACAACUGAAUAAGAAUUAGAAAAAUAGGGUUACUAAAAAUUAUAAUUUAUAGAUUUUAUUGAUUAAGAAUAACACCUCACAGCAUAUUCUUUAAAACAUUAAUAACGCGUCAUUUUAAGGAUUUCAUAGAAUAGCUAGGAAGAGUAUGAUAAAUUACAAAAGGAAUAUGUAAUAAUGCAAUAAUUAAAAUCAUAUAAAAAUAUAAUAUUAGUUUUCGAUAUGAUUGUAAUAAAAGAUUGUUUUAUUUGCAUAAUUGUUCAAGAAUAUCCUUAAAAAAACCUAUUUGAUGAAAUGUAAGAACUUAAAAAUAAAAAUAAAUUACAUACUGCAGAAGUUAUGACUGAAAUUAUUUUAUAAAUUUCCCAUGCUAUUUGUAUGAUUCACUACAAUAAAAUUUCCCAUCAACACAUAAAUUCUAAAAAUAUAAUUAUCUCGUCAAACGGAACAUACAAGCUAAGUAACUUUAAGCACUGUUUUAAAAUACCAUCUCACUAGUCUGAUUUAUUUUAAGCUGAAGGCUAUAUUUAUGAAAUAAAAGAUUAGUAGAAGUAACUUGAUAAUAAAAAUAAUCACUAAAAUUAUCUAUUUUAUCAAAAAGAUAUUUAGUGUGCAGGAAGGCUAUUCUUAGAAAUAAUAGGCUGUAAUUUAAAUAACAAUAAUGAUAUUAAAUAAAUUCAAACCAAUAUUUAUAAAUAAAAUAUAAAUGAAAUUCAAUAUCAGAAUAUUUAAUAAAUAAUAAAAAAUAAAUUUUUAACAUCUGAUGUUAAUGAUGACUUUUAAUCAUAUGAUAUUAUAAAUAAAAUUUUACCUUGGCUUCCUUUUACAUAAUCAAAUUUAUAAAGAUUUAUACCCAUAAUUUAUGAAGUAGAUAAUUAUGAAACAUUUGAUAAUGGUAAAAAUCCACCAUUUUUAUUGAACAUUUAACUAUAAUAUUUAAAAACAUUAAGCUUUAUAUAUGAAAAAAUAAAGAAUAUUCCUGUUAAAUUAAAGGCAGAAGUAUUAUCAUGUACUGCAUCAAAAUUAACAGAGAUGGGAAUGUACGAAAAAUCAAAUUAGUAUAGGUAAUAAUCUCUUAUAUUAUACAACUAAAUUAAAUCUUCAAGUUAGAAAGAUAUUAUAUUUUAGUAUUAACAAAUUUGUUAUAACUAUAAAUAAUUAAAAGAGUAUAAAACUUCUUUAGUUUAUGGUAAAAAAGCUUUAAAGUUAGCCAAAAAAAUUAAUAAAUCACAAAGUGAUGUUUAUGCAAAAUCCUUAUUAGAACUAUCAUGGUGUUAUAAAGCUUUUGGAAAAGAAAAAAAGGGAUUAAAGCUAGCUAUAAAGGCAAAAGAAAUUUAUGAAAAAAUAUAUAAGGAUUAUUUUGUUAAAGAAAUAGGUGAUUGUUUAUGUACAAUUGCUUGUAUGAAAUCUGGUCUUAAACAGUUUGAAGAAUCAAUAAAUUACUAUUAAAAAUCAAUAGAAGUAUUUCAAAAAAUAUAUAAUUUCUAAGAGCAUCCAGAUAUAUCUGCUUGCUUUGAAAAUUUAGGAGUUGCUUAUGAAAACUAAGGAGACAUACAAAUGAGUGUAUUAUAUUAUGAAGAUUGCUUAAAAAUGAACAAAUUUUUAUUUGGAGAUAAAAGUAAUAUGUUAUCUAGCUGUUAUAAAAAAUUGUGCAGGGUAUAUAGAAAGUAAAAUAGAGAGUAAGAGGCAUUAAAAAUUGAGAGGGAAUUGCAAAAAAUAGAACAAAAAAUUUGA